AUGGAUCAUGGAACUCCACUCGUCACGGGCAGGGACACCUUCGGCUAUCCCGGACUGCUCCAACCUGCCUAUGGCGGCAGCCGCGCGGCCCCGCCCCUCUCGCCCUCCCCGCCAUGGCGGCCGGCGGCGGCCCCGCCCCUUCCCUGCCCUCCGCAGCAUGGCGGCGCUCACCGACAGCGCUCCGGACAUGGCGGGCGGCGCGCAGCCGGCCCGGAGCCGGCCCGUGUGAUGGAAGCGCUGGAGCUGCUGCUGGGGCCGCCCGCUGAUGGCGACAGCGCUGCCGAGCCCGGCAAGGAGCCCGCGCUGUGCCCGGAGACGCUGCGCAGGAACGCGGCGGCGCUGGAGGAGCGGCUGUGCCGGGCAGCGGGCUGGGCCGCGCUGCGCCAGCUCCGGGCGGCCGUGCUGUGCCGGGCGCCCGCGCUGGCGGCCGGGGCGGCGGGCGCGGAGCCGGGCUGGGCGGCGGCCUGCGGGCUGCUGGCGCUGCUGCUGUGCCUCAAGGAGCGCCUGGCCGCGCUCGCCGCCGCCCCCGCCGCCCCCGCCGGCCCCGGGGCGCCCCCGCCGCCCGGCGCCGACACGCUGAGCGUGGGGCAGGAGCGGGCGGUGCGGCGGGCGCUGCGGGCCGCCGUGGGGCUGGGGCUGCUGCCGCACCUGCCGCCGGGGCUCGGGCCGGGGCCGGGGCUGGGGCCGCCGCCCGGCAGCCGCGGGGCCCGGCUGUUCGCCGCCGCGGCCGCGCUGGUGGAGCUGGCCCGGCUGCCGGCGCUGGGCGCCCCGCUGCUCGCCCGGCACCUGCGGCUGCUCCUGUGCGGGCUCUGCGCGCUGGGACACGGCCCCGCCGCCCUCUGCCAGGGCGUUUCGGACGCGGAGCGAGCGCAGUGCCGGGAGGCCCUGAGGGACAUCCUGGACCGUGUUUACCAGCCGCGGGCCGUGCAGGAGCUGCUCGUCCUGCAGGGACAGCCCAAGCAGGUACCCGGGGCCAUCCCCGACACCGGGCUGGGCCCGGGGGCAGCUCCGGGCUGGCUGCGGCGGCUCUGCGGGCACCUGCUCUCCGAGAGGCUGCUGAGGCCCGGCGGGGUGCAGGCCGUGGUUCGGGGUGUCUUGGAGGGCACAGACGGUGGUGCUGGUGCUGAAGCAGCAGCUCUGGACUGGAGGAAAUGUGAUGCAGUUGGGAAGAUCCUGGCUGCCUGUCCCCAGCAGUGCCUGUCCCUCGAGGACUACUACAGACAGGUGUGCCCCCAGAUUCUGGACUUGCUGCACGUGCAGGACAAAGUGGCAGCGCGGCAGUUGCAGCGUGUGGCCACCACCACGGUGCUGAGCAUGGCCAGGGAGCAGCCCCAGCUGGCAGAGAGGCACCUGCUGCAGCCCCUGCUGGCCCCGCUGCGCCGCUGCUCCGCGGCCACAGAGCUGGCACUGGAGGAUUUGACAGCAGGGGCCGUGCUGGUGCCAGAGGCAGAGCUGGGCAGCUGUGUGGAAGAUGUGCUCAAGGUGUAUGUGGUUGGGAAUGACAGCUCGAGCCUGCUGCUGGGAUCCCUGCAGCCAGUCCUGGGAGUGGUGUUUUCCCUCCAUUCCUUCGCCAGGCAGAAUGUGUCAUACUUACGCUCCCCGUGCCAGGACAUCCUGCUGUGGUUCCUGGAGAAGGCGGAGCGGGAGCAGUCCCUGGCUGUGCUGGAGGGCCUGGCUGGGCUGAGCAGCCACGUGCCCACCCUGCACCCACAGUGCCAGCUCCAGGUGGGCAGCGAGGGCGGUGCUGCCGUCGUCCUGCAGGAAACCAUCAGCGAUGAAGAUGAGGCCCUGUACCAGAAGAUCUCCUUGGAGCAGUGCCAUGUGGAGAGCUUGGUGGAGCUCCUGUCCCACUGCCAGAAGAGUGGUCUGGCAGGAGACUUCUUCAUCCACUGCCUGAAGGAGCUGACUCAGGUGGCUGCAGAGGAUGAGGCAGCUCCAAACCCAGCUGUGGAGCCUGGAGGGACUUUGCUGGAGCUGGAGCAGGACCAGGCCAGGCAGGGCAGGAAGCUGCUGGUCCUGCAGCUGGUGGCCGCGCUGUGCCAGGGCGUCUCGGACACCGUGUUCACUGACAUUGAGCAGGUGCAGCAGUUCCUGGCAGCCGUGCUGCAGCGGGCCUGUGCCCACCCUGCGCGGGGCCCGGGCGCGGCGGCCGAGGCGCAGACCCUCGCCAUGGCCAUGGCGCUCGUGGCCGCCGUGCUUGGCGGGGCCGUCCAGCUGAAAUCCAGCGAUUUCGCGGUGCUGAAGCGCCUGGUGCCGCUGCUGGAGGAGCUGUCCCGCAGCUACCCCGAGCCCCUCACGCAGGAGCUGGCCUCGGACCUGCGCAUCGCCAUCCUCACCCACGGCGCCUGCUCGCCCGGCACGCUGGGCACCGCUGCCCACGGCCUGCUGGGCACGCAGCCUGGCACGGCAGCACGGAGCCCGGCUGGCAGAGCCCCCAGCCCCCCGGCUCACAGGGACAGCAGCACGGGGCAGAGCAGGGGCCGGGAGCCCGGGGCCUCUCCAGCCCCCCGAGCCCACAGCCUGGCCCCGGGGGGGCUGCAGGAGCUGCUGCUGUCAGCCUGCGACCCCCAGCCCCCCGGGCGGGCAGCUGCCCUGCGCCGCCUCGCCAGCCUGGUCACCCAGAGGGAUCCAGAGGCAAUUCGGCUGCAGGAGAAGCUGCUGCAGGUGUUCCUGGAGAAUCUUCAGCACGAGGACGCCUUUGUCUACCUCUCAGCCAUCCAAGGUGUUGCCCUGCUCUCCAGUGAGUAUCCAGAGCGGAUUCUGCCCGUCCUGCUGGCACAGUACGAGCGCCCAGCACAGGGCAAAGAGGACACCAUGGCUGCUGUCACCAGGAUGAAGCUGGGCGAGGUGCUGAUGCGUGUCACCCGGGCACUGGGGGACAUGGUGUUCGGGCACCGGGAGCCGCUGAUCCGCGCCUUCCUGCGGGGUGCCCGCGAUCCCGACGGAGCCCUGCGGGCCAGCAGCCUCUCCAACCUGGGCGAGCUCUGCCAGCACCUGGGCUUCCAGCUGGGAUCCAUCGUCCAGGAGGUCACCUGCUGUGUGACGGCCAUAGCCCGCACAGACCCCGAGGCUGAAGUGCGAAGAGCUGCUGUGCACGUGGUGGUGCUGCUGCUGCGGGGGCUGAGUGAGAAGGUCACUGAGGUGCUGCGGGACGUGCUGCGGGACCUGUACCGCCUGCUGAAGCACGUGGCCACGGCCGAGCGCGACGCCGCCACGGUGCUGCACGCGCAGCUGGCGCUGGAGGAGCUGGACGCUGCCAUGAGGAGGGUCCUGUUCCCCCCACAGACCCUGGAGAAGAAGAUCGUGGUGCUGCCGUAGCGGGGCUGAGCCCGUGGAAGUGAGCUGCUCCUCCCUGGGGUCAGGGCCGUGGCUCCCAGGGCAGGGCAGCCGUGCCCUCCGGGAUGCCGCUGGCGGUGCCGGGCGGGAGGGGAACCUCGCUGGGAUGAGGUGUGGGAUUAAACGGAGACCUGCUAAUCCCUGUGUCCGUGGUGUCUGUGGGGCCGUGCGAAGCUCAUGGGUGCCAUCGUGGUCAUGGCCCAGACCCUGUGACACCCCCAGGGUAAGCCCUGAGAUGG